AUGUUGAAGACAAUGUGGUCACCAUUUUGGGAUGUUGUUGCUAGCAUUGAGAAAGAUGAAGCAGUCUUCAUCUUUCUCACCCUUUUAGCCCUACUGUUUACUCUCUUCUGGUUCCUGUUGCCUUGGAAAAAGUCAAGGAAACCAACCCCUCCAAUGCCACCAGGCCCUUGUGGCGUUCCCCUGCUAGGGUACCUUCCCUUUCUAGGCCCCAACCUUCACCACGAUUUCACAAAGUUGGCAAAAACCUACGGCCCUAUUUACAAGCUAAAACUUGGUAGCAAACUAUGCUUUGUGAUCACAUCACCAACUCUUGUCAAACAAGUGGUUCGUGACCACGACACCAUAUUUUCCAACCGUGAUGCCACCGUUGCUGCACAGGUUGCAUCAUACGGUGGCAUUGACAUAGCGUUUGGAACGUAUGGGCCGGAUUGGAGGCGGUUGCGCAAGGUGUUCGUGAGCCACAUGCUGAGCAAUGCCAACAUUGAUGCUUGCUAUGCUCUGAGGAAAGAAGAGGUUCACAAGUCUCUGAAUUAUAUUCAUGGCAAAGCUGGCAGCGCAGUUGAUUUGGGGGAGGUGGCAUUUUUGACCAGCAUCAACACACUCAAGCGCAUGAUAUGGGGAGGGACGCUGCAGGAAGAGAAGGGAGCAACUGAUAUUGGGGUUGAGUUUCGGAAGGUGGUGACAGAAAUUAUGGGGUUGCUUGCAAAGCCGAACGUUUCAGACUUUUUUCCUGUGCUUGCCAGGUUUGAUAUACAAGGGAUUAGGAGGCAACAACAGAAGGCUAUUUCUGUCACUGAAAAGAUCUUCACUUCUGCCAUCGAAAUCCAGAUGAGUAUGCCUCCAGCCGAAAAUGAGGGGCUUCAACAAAAACCUGGAAGGAAGGACUUGUUGCAGUUCCUCUUGGAGCAUAAUAAAGAGAGUGCAACACCGCUUACAAUGCAAGAACUCUUGGCCUUGCUCACGGACGUUAUGGUGGGAGGAACUGACACCACCACAACAACAGUGGAAUGGGUGAUGACUGAACUGAUGCAAAAUCCAGAUGAAUUGAGAAAAGUUCAAGAAGAACUAACAGAGAUUGUGGGGUUGAACACCUUGGUUGAAGAGUUUCAUUUGCCCAAAUUACAUUACUUAGAUGCUGUCAUCAAGGAGACCUUCAGAUUGCACCCAGCGCUGCCCCUGCUAGUUCCACGUUUGCCAACUCAAUCUACCACCAUUGGAGGCUACAACAUACCCAAGGGUUCAAGUGUUUAUCUGAACAUCUGGGCCAAUCAAAGAGACCCAAGUGUCUGGGACAGUCCCUUGGAAUUUAGGCCCAAGAGGUUCCUAAACGACCAAAGCAAGUUUGAUUACAAGGGCAAUAGGUUUGAGUAUCUUCCAUUUGGGUCUGGCAGAAGAAUAUGCGCAGGGCUGCCCUUGGCAGAGAGGACGCUAAUUUAUGUGCUGGCUUCAUUCUUGCAUUCGUUUGAGUGGAGGUUGCCCUAUGGAACAAAUCUUGAUCUUUCAGAGAGGUUUGGGGUUGUGACAAGGAAAAUGACUCCAUUAGUUGCCAUUCCAACACCCAGGUUAUCUAAAUUGGAGCUCUAUGCCUAG